CCCGGUUCAAAAAAUCAUCGUUCAAUUGCGCCUCGUUCUUCGUCUGAUAGCUGCUUCGUGCUCCCGACCCGAGCAGGCAGAACCCCUUCCUUCAACCCGAGGCUCAGUGCCCGCUUCAUGCUCCUCCCGCAGUAGCGCGUCAUCCGCAGCUGCCACCUGCUGCGCCAUCGAAUAUAAAAUAAUCAGCACACAGAAGCAACCAUGCGCAGAACGCUGCUCAACACCCGGCCGUCGCGCGCCGUCAUCCGUGCCCUAGGCGGCCAACAGCCGCGGCGCACCUUUGCCGCGCCGUCGCCCGUCGUGCGGUCCAAGGAGCAGGCACACCCGGUCGGACCUUUUUACGAGGCCAUCCUGCGCACCCCGGUGCCGCAGCCGAAGGAGAAGCCGGAGAACCCGCCGGUGACAUCAAAGUCAGCGCCCGUCCAGACGCCCAAGCCCGCGCCCGAGCACCAGCAGUCGAAGCCGGUGGCUGAGGAGAAGAAGGCGGCCGAGGAACAAGCGGCAGCAUCAGAGGACAAGAAACCCGCGCGGCGCACCCGCAAACCGAAGCAGGAGACAAGCACCCCCAACUCCAAGGCCAAGUCGGUCCCCUCCUCUAUCUCCUCCUCUACCUCUUCCUCGUCCUCUUCACCUUCUUCCUCCUCCUCCACUUCCUCUUCUUCUUCUGUCGACUUCACCGCUGCCUCCUCUUCCCCAACACCACCCGGCCCAACCCUCCUCCCACAAUCACCACAAUCAUCACAACCAUCACAAUUAUCACCACCACCAUCACAGCCAGGAGAAGAGUCAUCAGGACAAGAACCGCCGUCUAACGACGUACAGACCCGCGCCAGCGUCGUCUUCACCUCCAGCCUAGCCGGCCCCGCCGAGCGGCGGGAGCGGCUGGCGCGGAUCCGCGCCGAGAGCCGCCUCGUCGCCGGCGUGCUGGUCCCGCCCCGGCCCGAGGAGCCCGACAACUGCUGCAUGAGCGGGUGCGUCAACUGCGUCUGGGACCGCUACCGCGACGAGAUGGAGGAGUGGGCCGCCCGCCGCGCCGAGGCCGAGCGCCGGCUCGCCGCCGAGGACGCCGGGCCCCAGGUCGGCGUCACCGAGGAGAGCAUGGAGCGCACGGCCGACUCCGCUGGCGGGAUGGAUUUGGGUGUGCACGACGAGGCGGCGGAUCGCGGGGCGGCCAGCAUGGACGACGACGGCGGUGGCUCGGUGGGCAACUGGGAGACCGGAACAGCCGUCGGCCGGACGGAUGACCACGGAAAGGGCGGGAAGCUUGCAGAGGAUUUCUGGGACGAGGAUCUGUACAAGAACGUGCCGGUCGGGAUCAGGGAGUUUAUGAAGCAGGAGAAGCGGCUGAAGGAGAAGCACCGGCGAGAGGGAACGCUAGGUGGGAAGGAUUUGGACUGACGCUGCCAGUGUAUCAAUACAUCCGGCUUUUCGCGUGUUUGAUAGACUUCGGGGACUUGGCGGGGUUA